AUGUACUAUCACCUGCUGGCGGCGAUCUGCUGCCUCCCAUUGGCCCGUCCCUUCGUCCUCGACGGCUCCGCCGAGUCCUACUCGCAGUUCAGGAAAUGGGGCGGCGGCACCAACAGCAGCCUCGAGUUCGAAUUCAAGACCGACCAGCCCAACGGUCUGCUGCUCUACACCGACGACGGCGGCACCUACGACUUCUUCGAGACCAAGCUGGUGGAGGGCGCGCUGCGGCUGCGCUACAACCUCGGCGGCGGCACGCAGAUCAUCACCGUCGGCAGGGACCUCAACGACGGCCAUUGGCACAAGGUGCACGUGCAGAGGCACGAGGACCGCACGGUGCUCACCGUCGACGGGGUGUCCCAGAUGAGGACCUCGCGUGGUAAGGAGUUCAACUUCGGGCGGUUCUCGACCAAUUCGGACGUCUUCGUCGGCGGCAUGCCGUUGUGGUACAACACCAAAUUGACUUUGUUAGCAUUGCCUAGCGUUAUUUUCGAACCGCGGUUCGUGGGCGCCGUGAGGAAUCUCAUUUAUCCCGACGUGGAGGGCGGCACGCCGAGGAGGCAGGAAACCAGGCCUAAGGACCACAGGUGCGACGGUCCCUUGGUAGCAGGGGUGCAGGGGGUGUGCCUGCCUCAGUCCAGGACAUUGCGAGGCAACAGCACGAGCGACGCCUGCGAAACGAGGGAUCCCUGUCAACACGGGGGCAUUUGCAUAUCGACUGACAGCGGACCCAUUUGCGAAUGUCGCAAUCCCGAUUACGAGGGAGAGUACUGCGAAAAAGACAAAGCCCCUUCAGAAGCCGUCUUCCGCGGCACGGAGUUCCUCUCCUACGAUUUGAGCCAAACCGGCGGAGAACCCAUUGUGAGCGCUCAAGAUUCCGUUACUUUUUACUUCAAAACCAGACAACCGAACGGCCUGCUCUUUUAUACCGGCGAUGGUAACGACUACUUGAAUGUAGCGAUCAAAGAUGGAAUCCUCAGCUUGACGAUGGGCCUAUCGAAUGGUAAACAAGAAAUGCAAAUCAAACCGAACAAAGUGCGUUUCGAUGACAAUCAAUGGCACAAAGUUAGCAUACAUAGGAGGAUACAAGAGAUAUCAGCCAUCACAGCAUUCUGUAGGUUGUCCGCUGUUGUCGAUGGCGUCUACGCCGAUCAUUCGCACAUAGCCGGAAAAUUCACGAUGCUUUCAUCGAGCAGAGUGUACGUGGGAGGAAGCAUCAACACGAGAGCACUUCCUGGAGCGAGAGUCCACAAUAACUUCGUGGGUUGCAUGAGAAAAGUGGAAUUCGUGGCCGAUACAUUGCGGUUGAAUCUAUUGGAAUUGGGAAGGUCGGGCAGCCAUCUAAUCCAAGUAGUGGGCCGACUAGACUACAAAUGUCCUGCGGGCGAGACUCACGAUCCGGUCACGUUCACCACCAGGGAAUCCCAUUUGAUCCUGCCGCCGUGGAGCGCCAAGAAAUCUGGAAACAUUUCUUUCAAGUUUCGCACGAACGAAGCCAAUGGAUUGAUACUUUUCAACGGUGGAAUUAGACCGCCUAGGGUGGAUUUAUUCGCUGUGGAAAUCUACAACGGGCACAUUUAUGUGCAUAUAGAUCUCGGUGCAGGCCCUUCGAAGCAGCGCGGGUCAAGAAGAAGAAUAGACGAUGGAAAUUGGCACGAAUUCACUUUCAGGCGCACAGGAAGAGAUUCCAGGAUCACAGUGGAUGGUUUGCAUACCGAUUUCAAGACAGUCGAGGGUUCUUCGAGCUUGGAGUUGGACGGUAACAUGUACGUAGGCGGACUGGGGCCCCCUUUCUCCGAAAUCCCCGUUCCCGCGGGACUCUGGACGGCGGUGCUCCAGCAAGGAUUCGUCGGAUGCUUCAAGGACCUCAUUAUGAACAACGAGGCGAUGGACGUCGCUAGUUACGCCAGGGAACAGGACUCAGGUUCCAUCAGGACCUUGUGCCACAACCAACCCCAGCAGUGCCCGUCGCAGCCGUGCCUGAACGGCGGCACCUGCACGGAGGGCUGGAACCGGUUCAUCUGCGACUGCACCAACACCCUCUUCAGCGGCCCCACCUGCGGCAAAGAGGCCCCCACGCUCAGCUUCAACGGCACCCAGCACAUGGAGAUCACCAUGGACGUCGAACAGGUCACCCAAACCGAAGACAUCGUCCUCAGAUUCCGGACGAGCAAACCGUUGGGUUUGUUGCUGAUCACCUCGACGGCGGAGACGGGCGAUAGAAUCGAACUGGCGGUGGCGGCCGGACGGAUCCGGCUCGCCUUGCGGCUGGGCGUCAGAGAGAAGAAGAAAGAGGACAGGGAGAAAGAUAAGAUCCUGCUGGCCGGCCAGAACGUCAACGACAACGAAUUCCACACGGUGAGGCUGUCCAGAAGGGGAUCGAAUUUGAAGUUGCAACUCGACGGCCAGUCGCCUAUUAGAGCCGAGAUACAAGGAAAAUACAUCGCCCUCCAAUGGCGUACAGUCCAUUUAGGCGGGCUGUAUCAUCUGGAGGAAGAGAUCAGCAUGUCGACGACGGUUCCGAACUUCAUAGGCGACAUUCAACAGUUUUACUUCAACAACAUUCCGUACAUAGAACUAGCGAAGGCCUUGAGCACCGAACAAUCCAUCGCAGGCUUUCCCAACAUCAAAAUCGCCGCUAAAUUCGUCAAACACGCCACCGAUAACCUGCACCGACCGGUCACCUUUCGUUCCAAACACACUUUCAUCGGCUUGCCGAUGCUUCGGGCCUAUUCCAGCAUACAUAUCGACUUCAUGUUCAAGACCAGAGAGCCUAACGGACUGAUUUUGUUCAACGGGGGCAAGAAGGAGGAUUUCGUGGCUGUGGAACUGGUAGACGGUCAUAUCAAUUACAUCGUCAACGUAGGAGAUGGUACUGUGACUUUAAGAGAUACACAUCGAACGCAUUUGAAUGACAAUCGCUGGCAUACUGUCGGGAUCAGACGCCCUUCGGUGAAACAACACACUCUUAUGGUUGACGAUGAUGUUGUGAUAGCUGCUAACUUAGGAACAGGUAACCUGGAACUGGACGGGAUAUUGUACUUGGGCGGGGUGUAUAAAGACUUGUACCCGUUGCUACCGCAAGAGGUGAUCAGGUCCACUCACGGUUUCGAAGGCUGCAUUGCAGGCUUGGACCUGAAUGGAGAAUCGCCGCACAUCGUGGAAGAUGCCGUUGUGCACAGCUCGCAAGUCGUGUCAGGUUGUGAAAGCCAGUCUGCGAAGUGCAGCCAUAAUGUUUGCGCCAACGCCGGGAUUUGCGUUCAACAGUGGACUUCUUAUACCUGCGACUGUGAUAUGACUUCCUUUACCGGACCUACUUGUUCUGAUGAAUCAGUCUCGUAUGAAUUCGGACCUAACAGAGGCAUCAUAAUUUAUACAUAUCCCGAAGAGAACAUGCCGGAGAUGCAAGAGGACACGGUCGCCUUAGGAGUGAUGACCACCAAAUCGGACGCGGUAUUGCUGCGAAUCGUUAGCGGCACUUCCAACGACUACAUCGAAAUGUAUAUUGUCGAGGGCAACGUUUUCGUGGUGUACAAUUUGGGUUCUAACGAUCUCCUACUCGGAGAAAUCUCCGUUAAAGUCAACGACAAUGCAUAUCACGUUAUCAGAUACCACCGGCAAGGACACAACGCUACGCUGCAAGUCGACGAUUACAACGUUCAAACCGUUCAUCCUCUAGGACAUCAAUUGCAAGUCUUCAACACCCAAUCCCAGAUCCAAAUAGGAGGGAAAUGGACGAAGAAAGGUAGAAUAGAACGACCGUUCGCCGGGAAGAUAUCCGGAGUGGUAGUUAACGGACUCAGAAUACUCGACUUGGCCGCUGAGAAAGAUUUACAUACCUCAGUACGCGGAGACGUGCAACUCACUCAGAUGGACAAGCACGAGCAUCUGCAAAAAAUGCAACAAACGCCGGCGUCCGGUUUCCCCGGUUUGGAAGACGAUUUGAUAUUCAGCGGAGCCGGUUCGGGUUGUAACAACGGCGACGACGAGGAUGAAUGUCCGCCUUUGCCGGAAACUGGUUCCGGAGACGACGAUCUAAUCACUCCGGUGUUUAUUCCACCUACAAGACCACCGCCUACGAAGAAACCGAAGAACGCAGUCGAAGGAGGAGACGAUAAGAAACCGUGCGACGACGAAGAUUGCUUCCAAGGUUCCGGUUCGGAAGAAACCACAGAGGAUUCGUCGACGAAAGUUACAGAUCAAACCGAAACCAUCCCGACGGAUAAUUCCAGUUAUCACACCACCGAAGGCGAAUCGUCGAUUCCAUCGCAUUCAACCGGUAGCGGAGUAACGAAUACAACAGCAUCAUCGACUAAAACUACAGACGAUGCAACUGCGACAACCAACGCGGAAUAUCACUCUACCAAAGUACACCACAACCACAGCCAUCAUUCGACGAGCGUUUUCACAACAUCAAUAGCAACCGACAUCAACACUUAUCCAACCCAACCGACCACCACAACGCAAAGGCUACCGCCUCACGUAAUACAUUCCCCGCCGGAGACGCCGCCGAUCAAACACCCUUACACGCCCAAAGACAACCGAGUCACCUCAGAAACGUCCGAAUUUAUCGCUUUAGUUAUAGGUAUAAUAGCGGGUGCCCUCAUAGCAGUCAUCCUCAUCAUCCUGGUGAUUCUGAAGUUCAAAUCGCGCGGCGACCGCUCCUACAAAGUGGAGGAGUCGAAGGGGUACCAGCAGGGCCCCAACGCCGCCCUGUUGGGCAGCUCGUCGAGCACCAACGGGCACCAUCAGUCGCAGUACCAGCUGAACGGGGCGCUGCGCAACGGCGACAAAUCCGCCCAAAUGGCGGCGCAGCAGAAGCAGAAGAAACGGGACAGCAAAGACAUUAAAGAGUGGUACGUGUAA